GCUCGGAUUACGACGACCCGGAGAUGGAAGCCGGGGCUGCGGGCUAUGAGUGGAAGAGAGAGCGGCUCCCAGGACCGCCUCCUCGGUUUAUUAUAGUCAGUAGGCCGAGGAGGGAGGAAGGAAGGGAGGGACGAAGAGGCGGCAAGAGGCAAGCAAAGACAGCCACGAAGUUCCCCGCUGUGAAACAGGGCGCAGAGGGAAGCUUGGCCUCCGAUUCACUCACACGGCAUUAACCUCCUCAACUCUUGCUGUUUUGCUGAGCCUGGAAAAGCAGGGCACGGCAGGCAGAAAUGCCACAGGUGCAGACAUCUCCCCCUGCUUUUUCAUGCUUCAGAGAUUGUUGCCUGGGAGUUUCUGCCUGGCAUGCCUAAACUCACACCGGCUGUCACCUUUCCUCAGGCGAAGAGACAGAAAGGAUUCGACUUCUCUGGCUAGGAAGCUCCAGAGUGGUCGCUCCUGCUGGGUGACCUUGGGCUAGUCACAGUUCUCUCAGAACUCUCUCAGCCCCACCUGCCUCACAAGGUGGCUGUUGUGGGGAGAGAGGAAGGGGAAGGAGCUUGUAAGCCACCUUGAGUCUCCUUACAGGACAGAAAGGUGGGAUAUAAAUCCAAACUCUUCUUCUUCAUCUGUUCCGAAAUUUAUAUGUAUUGGUUCCAUACAGGCUGGACCCUUGGUUAUGAAACGUCCAUUAUGGCCAGGUGUUCUCUCACUCCAUGGUUGCUUAGUUGGCUAAUGCUAAUAUCUCAAUCAAGAUGUUACUUCCUGAACUCUCUAAAUAUGGCAGGUAGUUUUAGGCAUCACUAUGUCAAUAAGUCAAACCUGGACCGAGGCUACUGUGAAAGAAAAAGAAAGUUGUCUGAUUUUGGUGGCUGGAAACUCUCCACAGAAAAACUCACAGCUACACUUCCUAUUGAUCCAGUUGAAGAAAAUUACAUUCGUGAAGUACCAGACUCCAUUUUUUCAGUUGUUUAUCCUACUCCUUUUAAAUCCAGAGUUCUCCUUGUAGCUGUUUCAAAGGAGGUUCUAGAAGACAUUUUGGAUCUUGAUGUAUCUGUUUCGAACACAGAGGAUUUUCUUCAUCUUGUCAGCGGUACGAAAAUUGCCUUGGGAUCUCUGCCCCUGGCUCAUAGGUAUGGCGGCCAUCAGUUUGGUAACUGGGCAGGUCAGCUGGGUGAUGGAAGGGCUCAUUUGAUUGGAGUUUAUACGAACAGGUUUGGUGACAACUGGGAGCUACAGCUGAAAGGCUCAGGAAGGACACCAUACUCCAGAAAUGGGGAUGGAAGAGCUGUGCUUCGUUCCUCUGUACGAGAAUUUUUGGGCAGCGAGGCUAUGCACUAUCUUGGAAUUCCUACAAGCAGAGCAGCUAGUCUAGUUGUUAGUGAUGAUGUUGUAUGGAGAGAUCCAUUCUACAACGGGGAUAUUAAGAAAGAAAGAGGAUACUGUUAGACCUUGUUAUGGAUGAACACUUUCCGUCAAUAAGCGUGAAUGACUCAACUAGAUACCUGGCAUUUUUCUCUAGAGUGGUAUCUGAGACAGCAGGUUUGAUUGCCUUAU